UCCGCAAAAUCUCCUUUCGGCUUCACUCGGAAAAUUUCGGAACUUGUCGGGGAAGCCAUAUUGAAUCACGUUUGAAUGAACUGGGGAGCUGCUUGUAAACAAAGUCCAGAGUCCAAAGACCACUCCGGAAUGAUUCUGAUAUCCGAUGGUUUAAAGUUCGUGUCAACUGUCAUCAGCACGCGUAAAUAUGGGGGACAAAAAGAUACUCUGCAUAGGGCUGGUCUGUUUAGAUAUCAUCAACGUUGUGGACAAAUAUCCCGAAGAAGACACUGACAGCAGGUGUCUAUCACAGAGAUGGCAGCGAGGAGGGAACGCUUCCAACUCCUGCACUGUGCUGUCUCUACUGGGCGCUCCAUGCGCUUUCAUGGGCUCACUGGCACCGGGACCAGUCGCAGACUUCGUCCUGAAUGACUUUCAGUUGUACGGCAUUGACAUCUCCCUGCUGCUGAGGUGUCCUGGCUGCACGUUCCCGGCCUCCAUGGUCAUCAGUAACACGACCACAGGCAGCCGCACUAUUCUGCACAUGAACAGCUUCAUCGCGGGUGACUUUAAGCGGCGUGGGGUGGACAUGUCUGGGGUGUCCUGGCAACAGGUGGGCGUGACCCCUUGCGCUUGUUGUGUGGUGUGUCCCGCCAGUGGCUCUCGCACUGUCGUGCUCUCCGACACAAAUCUCCCAGACGUGUCCGCUGAGGACUUCUGCAAGGUGGACCUGAGGCAGUACAAGUGGAUUCACUGGGAGGGCCGUAAUGCAGAGGAGCAGGUGAAGAUGAUCCAGAGGGUGGAGCAGUUCAACCAAUCAGCUGCGGAGAAGGAGCGCAUCACCAUCUCCGUGGAGAUCGAGAAGACCAGGGAGCCUCUCUACCAUCUCUUCACAUACGGAGAUGUGGUGUUUGUCAGUAAGGACGUGGCCAAACACUUUGGGUUCAACUCUGCAGAAGCCGCACUCAAGGGCCUGUACAGCCGAGUCAGAAAGGGGGCAGUGCUGAUUUGUGCCUGGGCUGAGAAGGGAGCUGAUGCCAUGGGCCCUGAUGGUGUAGUCGUUCACUCCGAUGCCUUCCCCCCGCCCGCCCUCGUGGACACUCUCGGAGCCGGGGAUACCUUCAACGCCUCUGUGAUCUACACACUCUCCAAUGGGGGCAGCCUGCAGGAGGCGUUGACAUUCGGUUGCCAGGUAGCGGGAAGGAAGUGUGGUGUCCAUGGAUAUGAUGGCAUCGUUCCAGAUAAAGCAUGAGGAGAGAUGCUGCUGCUGAUGAUGCUGCUGAUGGUGUGAGAGGGACCAAACACGCCUGGUGGACCAGCAUGUAGGACCUGCACUAUUUACAAUCUGAGGAAGGAGUUUCACCCUCAACAUUUCGGGUUUCCCCCAAAGUUCAGACCAAUCUCCCGGACCAACUAUUCUCAUACAGUGGUAUUCUCCUUGUGGUAUUUGUGGUAUAGUUUUGUGGUAUUCGUGGUAUUCUCCUGUGAUGUCUGUGUGCCACAGCCAUUUGUUUUCCCGCCACCACAAAUACCACAAAACAACCAUAUAUAUUUUUGCCACUCAGAUGUUGAUGUGUAUGGUUUCACCAGCUCCUGGUUUUACUAGGCCCAAGUGUGGUGGUCAUAUUGAAAAAGGUUCCUGAUGGCCUUGCCGUGGCCUAACGGUAGGGCUCUCGGUUACUACGCCGGCGACCCGAGUUUGAUUCCAGCCCGGGUCAUUUGCCAAUCCUCUCCCAUCUCUCUCUCAUCCACUCGCUUAAUGUCACCCUCUCCAAUUAUCCUAUCAAAUAGAGGCAAAAAAGCCCUCGAAAAUAUAUAAAAUAAAAGAAAAAGGUUCCUGAUAUGCCAUAGUAUAUCACUAUGCUGUCCCAGUUUGUGCAGUAAGCAAGGCAAGGCACACACGUGGAAGUAAUUGAUCAAUUGAUAAACAUCCCGCAGCUUGAAGUGCUUUCUCAGUCCUGUGACUUCAUUGUAAUUCACUUCCAAAGGAUGAUCUUGGACUAUGAAUGAAGACACUUGUGUUGUGUAAGUAAUCCUUUUGUUUCCUUAGGUUGUUAAUGGCCAAUAUCCUAAAAACUCACUGGCAAAAUAAAACCUCAAUGCUGUAAUGUUUGCUGCUAAUGACCUAACCAACACUUACUAAUCGUCUAAUUUUACUACAAUAAUUGUCAGUAAGUAUAACUAUGUGAAAAUCCACUGGUGGCAGAUGGAAGCUGAUUAAGUUAGCCAUAAUAUUAUGUCUGAUAUAGACUGUAAAAAAAGACGUUUUGUUUCAUAAACAAAUACAUACUUCUGAGAAUAAAUGAAGUCAAAAUAUCCUAGUUGCUGGUUUUCGGUGUUCUCUGUUAUUAAACACUGUGUGCGUGUGUGUACUGUGAAACUGUGUGUCAGCGUGUGCGUGCGUGCAUAGGUGCAUGCUUGCGUGUGCGGGUGGGUGUCCAUGUGUACAUGUGUAUGUGUGCGCGAAGUGUAUGUGUGAGAACAUGGAGACAAAACAUGAUAUGUGACAACACCCUGCUCUUUCCAGACACAGCUGACUUUAGAUUCUCUCCCCCUCUCUCUCUCUCUCUCUCUCUCUCUCUCUCUCUCUCGCGCGCUCUCUCUCUCUCUCUCUCUCUCUCUCUCUCUCUCUCUCUCUCUCUCUCUCUCUCUCUCUCUCUCUCU